AUGACUUCGCCAUUUACUUUCUUUUGGGAAGUGUCAUCUCCCCCAUUGUUACAAGAACUGGAUGCAGAUUUGCGACAUUAUGUAACCCUCAUGAGAGAUCAAAUAACAGAUUACUUCAUUCUCAAGGUACAAGUUACGCAUCAAACUUGCUGGACUCAUCAUCAACAACCACAAUCACAUCCACCAGUGUUAGGAGCCAUUGAUUCGUUUGCAUCCUCAAUUCUAAUCCAAGCGCAAGCAUUCCUUCAAAACGGUUCAUCACACAUGCAAAUGCACUUCCCUGAUGCUAUUAUACCAAUCGUCUUGAUUGAUAACAUGAUGCCAGAUAUCAUAUCCUACGCAAAAGCCAUAAUUCAAACUCGUCGUUCCGGAUUCCUCUAUGAAAGACCUGAUUUUCGUUUGUUCAGUUUGAAUUUGGACAUUAUUAUCCAGAAUUCUAUAUUGUACGUUCAAGACUUGAGUAUCCAGAAUUUGUCAUUGGAAGUUGAUGACUACGACAACAUGAUCACCGACUUAAUCGUUGAAGAGUCUAUGGGAGAUACUAAUAAUAUUAAGAUGGUUCCUGCGUCGAAGAAUGCCAUUGAGUCUCUUGAGAAAGUGAAGCUUGAGAAUAAUAACCACCUAGUAGAGAGGUGCACUAUUUGUCUAACUGAAUUUGAUUAUGGUGAUGAUGCAGAACAAGUUUCAUCAAUGCCUUGUAAGCAUGUAUAUCAUCAAGAAUGCCUCGCGCAAUGGCUCAAGACUAGUCAUUUAUGUCCUUUAUGUCGGUAUCCGAUGCCAACUAAUUAG